CCCUCCGGGCGAAGUCACACCGUCACACCUCCGUUCGGAUUCGAUUGCGCAGUCUCGGAACAUGGAAGCCCUGCUGCCCAGCCCUGCCUCGAGCGAUGAGAUGGUUUCUUCGGCUUACUACAGUCACCAACUGGCGGCUGUCUGGUCAGCGACGCCUCUCUCUGCGAUGCCUGGAUUUUGUGCGAGCCAUGGAAGCCGCGGUUUCAACCCGGAAACCCCAUCGCCCGACAACUCUUCCAGUUGGGAGUCACAGCUCGAGUCGGACUCUCCGACCAAGGGAGGCAGUGAGGACGGUGGCUGACCUCGUUCCCAUCAAGAAUCACUUCUCCGCCACAACGGGCGUCACUGGCAGCGACGCAGAUCCCACCGCUGUCGUGGUCUCUUCCACGUCGACGGCAGCAGCCGGGUCCGGCUCUUGCGGUGGUGGAGUCAAGCGGGUGUCUUCUUCGCACCGAGAGAAACCACCCCACCUGGUGGCCCGCAGGAACGCCCGCGAGCGUCGGAGGGUGCAAGCGGUGAACAGCGCCUUCUGCAGGCUACGCAAGUGUGUGCCAAUCGAAAACAGGGCCAAGAGACUGUCUAAGGUCAAGACAUUGCACAAGGCAAUCGAGUACAUAUAUGCUCUUCAAGAUCUCCUCGACAAGGCCGAUGAAGAUGCUGGAGUUACAGUGGUUCCAGUGCCAAACACAGUGGAGGUUGCGGAACCACUUAAAAGUGAGCCGCCAAUGACGAAACACAAGGGAAGUGAACCUUCUUGUGACCAGCAACGGUGGAUAAAUCUAGAAAACGUUGACCGAGUCGCUGAGAGUUACCAAGGUUUCGUCAACUUCUACGAACAGUUUCCAACAGCGUAUGCGACGUGAGUGCGUUGCAUGCGAGAGCUGGAAGAGCAGUCAGCAUGACGCUGAUGGCCAGAAGAAGCGGUUAACGUGCAAUAUUGACCUGAAGCCAGCUACGAAGGAAGGAAAGCAGCAGCAAAGAAGCAACAUGAAUUCUGCAACAUGCUGCGAGCAUCAUUGAAGUGCGGGAUGCGUUCUUUACAUCUGAGGAUGAACACGUUAUGUGUCCGGUUUGCUGAUCAAGACAAAACGGGGCAUCGCAUUUCAAUGCGACAUGAAUGCAGUAGAAGUUACCGUUUCUGGUCUCGAUGCUGUUGAUAUCAAUGUUUGCAAACAAGCAGUCAUACCAGCACCAGCGCCUUCUACCAUCACUGCAGCUGCACAGACGGUAGAAACAUGCUUCUCGUGCAAAACUUCAAGAUGAACGUAGACACUGAUGCAAGAAGGAUAGAGGACGGUGGGAAGAGGCAUUGAAUAAUUAUCAUGCUUUCUAGAUGGCUAUAUUUGUUGCUAAUAAAAAGAUACUG